CAAUCCAAUAAUCCACUAUAUGAUCUAAACUUAAUCUUGAUCUAAUGAUGUGCUACACAGCAUUCGCACGCUCUGGGAGAGUUGGGCGUGACUAUUAUUACAGAAUGUUAGAUGCUGUCAUAGUGAGAAGUAAAUGUGGAAGACCGGGACUCACAGGACUCAAUUCAACACUGUGUAACAGAAAGCUCCAGAUGGAUGUGACACUUCUAACUGCAAGGAAAUCCUCGAAAAGGUUGCAAUAGCCAAUGUCCCGGAGAAGUCUACUGGAGAUAGGAUAUGAAAGUUACAGGUGCUCUUGUCUGUGCUUCAGCAUGGCAGUCGUCAUCCGUUUACAGGGACUGAGAAUCACAGCAGGCUCCGAGGAUAUUCGCAAGUUCUUCACUGGCCUCAAAAUUCCAGAUGGAGGCGUGCAUAUAAUUGGUGGGGAGCGCGAGGAAGCUUUCAUUAUCUUUGCUUCAGAUGAAGAUGCAAGAAGAGCCAUGACGCGCUCAGGGGGUUACAUUCAGGGUUCACCUAUUACAUUACUACUUAGUAGUAAGACAGAGAUGCAGAACACUCUUGAAAGAAGUACAAGAAUUGCAGAACUUGAUCAAAAGAGAAGACUUGAGGACAAUGCAAGACGCACUAGAAGAUCUGUUGACCCCGAGAUAGCUAGGAGACUGGGUAGCAGACCAGGUCAUAACCCUCCCCCACAGCACCAGAGGGGUUCAAACUCUGAUGGCUUGUAUGUGUUUUUAAAAGGAAUGCCUUUCUCUGUGACUGAAGCAGAAGUUUUUGACUUUUUCAGUGGUUUACUUGUUAAUGAAAUAGUCUUGUUGAAAAAUGCAUCUGGUGCAAACAAUGGGAAUGGUCUUGUCAAGUUUGCAACUAAAGAGGAUACACGUGAAGCCCUUAAGAGAGACAGAAGAUACAUUGGGUCAAGGUACGUGGAAGUCUCUCCAACAACAGCAGACGAUUGGCGCCGGCUUACUGGUAAAGUGCCAAUGGCUGUCAACACAGACAACAACUUUGAAAGGGAUAGAUCACCUAUUCGCAAUCAGAGGAAUCUGAGUCGUCAUUCAAGAUCACAGUCACCGUUGGCCCAGAGCUCAAUUGAUCCUUCAGAUGAUGAGUAUUGCGUUUUGUUGGAAAAUCUGUCCUAUGCAGCGGAAAAGGAAGACAUUAAAAAGCUCUUUAAUAACGCAAAGCUUGAGGAUGACCAGAUCCUGCACUUAAUUGGCAGUGAUGGGAAAAGAACUAGAUCCACAUUUGUACUGUUUAAGAGUCUGCGUGACUAUUGUGAAGCCUUAUCUCAUGAAAAAAGGCUGUUUCUCAACCGAUGGGUUUAUACUCGCCCCAUCUCGAGGGAGAAGAUGAUUGCUCUUCUGGAAUCACACAGCACAAAUGACAGACCUGGAAACUCUGAAAGGGUUCAGGAGAGGCCUCCAUCUUACCCGAGGGAUGCUUAUGAUUCUGAAAAAAUGUGUGUUUUUGCGUGUAACUUGCCGUUUGAUGUGCGGAAAGUUGAGAUCAUGGACUUCUUCAAUGGGUUUAAUAUCACAGAGGACAAAGUGUUCGUGCUGCGUGACCAUAAAGGUGCUGGAGUUGGGAAGGCUUUGAUUCUCUUCCGGUCUGAGGCGGAGGCUAUGAGGGCUCUUUCUCUGAAUGGACGGAGGUUUCUUGGGUCAGAAGUAAUACUAAAAUGCAUUUCACGCACUCAGAUGCGGCAGUUGGGUGUUGAGCCACCAGUGGUGCAAGAGUCAUUUGUGCAAGAGCCUCUGCCAAGAGAGGAGCAGUAUUCAGGAAGGAGCAGUGAGGCAUUCUAUUGCUCUGGUGACUCCAAGUACCCUGACUGUAGCGGUCCUCGUGAUCGUAAUAUGUCAGUGACUAAUGUACAUGACAGGGGUUUGGAUUAUGAGCCCUUUGCAGUGGGCCCUCAUGUGCCACAAGAUAGAGGUAAUGGCAUUCGUGGUGGCUAUGAUUCCCCAGUGCGGCAUGUUGAUGGUCCCACUUGUGUACAACUAAUUAACUUGCCAUUUCAAAUAAGAAGCGAAGAAAUCUACGACUUUUGUUAUGGAUAUCGCAUUAUCCCUGGAUCUGUCUCAUUGCAGUACGACCAGACUGGAAAACCUAAAGGCUCUGCAACUGCAGUAUUUGAGUCACGUCAGGAGGCAUUAACGGCAGUUAAGGAAUUGAGUGGAAGACCAAUAGGUCCAAGAAAAGUACAGCUACUACUUGUGUGAGAGUGACACUGCUUUCUGUGGCACCUAACAUACCCUUGUAGUAUGAUUUGGACUUGUCCACAAUGUCGACUGAAGAAAAAUUGAUUUAAGAGAAGAAGAAAUUGUUUUCUUUCUUUCUUUUUUUGAUUAAUGUGGCAUGGAUUUAUAUGAUUGUGAAUUUAGCUACAUAGGUUUUUCCUAACUGUAUUUCAAAGAUUGCGAUUAUAAUGUAGUUUGUGAACUGAAUAUGGGUUUUGUAUACAGUUUCCUGAUGUGUGCUAGGUUUUUGGUUUUAUCGCUGAAAGAUUUUUGUUAAAUUCAAGUGGAAACACUGGAACAAUGCAUGUAAAUUUCACUUUAUUAUUGUGGAAAUUGUGGUUUCUAUAAAAACACAUAUCUU